CUGUCAUGGUAGCCUCCUCGCUCACAUCCCAACUGUAAAGACAAACUGAGCGCGGAUAUUUUUGUUGUUUACUGGUUAAAUAUGAAGUAUUUGCUCCGGCUGGGGCGCUCGUUCGCCCGCCUUCAUGUCCGGUUAUGUCACCAGAGUGUUUACAGCCGCCAUACCAACGCAUGUAGAGUGGGAGUGGACCUCGGAGAGAAGAAACUUGAAAUCUCUUCAGGGAGGUUUGCCAGAUUUGCUGAUGGAUCUGCUGUAGUACAGCUUGGAGACACGUCUGUGAUGGUGACCGCUGUGAGCAAAACCAAACCUUCUCCGUCUCAGUUCAUGCCGCUUGUGGUGGACUACAGACAGAAAGCUGCAGCUGCUGGUCGGAUUCCCACCAACUACCUGCGGCGAGAGCUGGGCACCACCGACAAUGAGAUCCUCACCAGCAGACUUAUUGAUCGGUCGAUUAGACCUCUUUUCCCUCCUGGUUAUUUCUAUGACACUCAGAUCCUCUGUAACCUGCUAGCAGUCGAUGGUGUCAAUGAUCCAGAUGUGCUGGCUAUUAAUGCAGCUUCUGCUGCCCUGGCCCUGUCUGACAUCCCCUGGCAUGGACCAGUGGGUGCUGUGCGUGUGGGUAUGGUAAAUGGAGAGUUGCUGGUCAACCCCACAAGGGCAGAGAUGGCUUCUAGCAGUCUUAACCUGAUAGUGGCCGGAGCUCCCAGCAGUCAAGUAGUGAUGAUUGAGGCAUCAGCUGAAAACGUGCUGCAGCAGGACUUCUGCCAUGCUGUGAAGGUGGGAGUCAAACACACCCAGCAAAUCAUACAUGCCAUCCAGCAGCUGGCACGAGAGCAGAAGGUGACUAAGCGCACGCCGGUCAAGAUGUUUUCACCCCCGGCUGACAUGGUGGAACAUGUUCGGAGAUUAGCUUCUGAGAGGAUUUACGCUGUUUUUACCGAUUAUAGUCAUGACAAGAUUUCGAGAGAUGAAGCAAUCAACAAAGUUCGGCUGGAAACCGAAGAGGAACUUAAAGAAAAAUUCCCUCAGGCCGAGCCUUUUGAAGUCAUUGAAUCCUUUAACACUUUGAGCAAGGAAAUCUUCCGUAAUCUAGUGCUCAAUGAGUACAGGAGGUGUGAUGGAAGAGAGCUGACUGGUUUAAGAAACAUUUCAUGUGAUGUAGAUCUAUUUAAGCCGCUGCAUGGCUCGGCUCUGUUUCAAAGAGGACAGACACAGGUGCUGUGCAGUGUCACAUUUGAUUCCCUGGAAUCCAGCAUCAAAACAGAUAUUAUCACUACAGCUUUAAGUGGCAUCAAAGACAAAAACUUUAUGCUUCAUUAUGAAUUCCCCCCAUAUGCAACCAAUGAGACUGGAAAGAUGGGAGGCCUCAACAGGCGAGAGCUUGGACAUGGAGCUCUGGCUGAGAAGGCUCUGAGACCAGUCAUUCCUAAAGACUUCCCUUUCACCAUCAGGGUCACUGCUGAGGUGUUAGAGUCAAAUGGAUCCUCCUCUAUGGCUUCAGCAUGUGCAGGCAGCCUCGCUCUUAUGGAUGCAGGUGUGCCCAUCUCUUCUGCUGUGGCAGGUGUAGCCAUUGGUCUCAUCUCCAGGGCUAACCCAGAAAAACCUGCUGAGAUAGAAGACUACAGACUAUUAACAGAUAUUCUGGGAAUAGAGGAUUACCUCGGAGAUAUGGACUUCAAACUGGCGGGAACAAACAAGGGUAUCACUGCUUUACAGGCUGAUGUGAAGAUUCCUGGGUUGCCACUGAAGGUGGUCAUGGAGGCAAUCCAACAGGCCACAGUGGCAAAGAGGGAAAUCUUGGGCAUUAUGAACAAAUGCAUAGCAAAACCCAGAGAGAGCAGGAAAGAGAAUGGACCUGUUGUUGAAAAUGUUCGAGUACCUGUCUCAAGGCGAGCUCGCUUUGUUGGCCCUGGAGGCUACAACCUCCGCAGGCUUCAAGCUCAAACAGGUGUGACAAUAAGUCAGGUAGACGAGGAGACUUUUUCCGUGUUCGCUCCAACACCAGGAGCCAUGAACGAAGCCCAACACUUCAUCAGCGAGAUCUGCAAAGAUGAUCAAGAACAGCAGCUGGAGUUUGGUGCUAUCUACACUGCCACCAUCACAGAAAUAAGGGACAUUGGCGUGAUGGUGAAACUUUAUCCCAACAUGACUCCUGUCCUGCUGCACAACUCGCAGCUGGACCACAAACGGAUCAAACAUCCAAGUGCUUUGGGUUUAGAGGUGGGACAGGAGAUACAGGUUAAGUAUUUUGGACGGGACCCAACAGAUGGCAGAAUGAGGCUUUCACGGAAGGUGCUCCAGUCUACUGCUGCAAGCGUCGUAAAGAGACUGAAUGACAAACAGAGCAUCUCCAUGGGUUCAAGCGACAUGCAGACGACCAGUACAGAUUCGUGACACUCCCCCAUGACUGCCUAACUUCUGGCUUUUCUGUCAGAGUAGACUUGGACUGAGUCAACUUUCCCUUUUCAAACAACAGAUCUUGUUAUGAACUAUACAUAAAGAAGGUUACUCCGCUGCUGAGAGUAUGGAUGUGGCAAAAAUGCUGCUGACAUCAUGCCUCGGAGAAUUUGCACAAACAAAGGGAUAAGACGAGGAGGCAAACAUUUUCAAAAAUACAAGUGUCUACCCAUUUUCAUGCUCUGUUGUUUGACUGUAUCAAAGUUUUAAGAUUUUUCUUUCAUUACACAACAACAGUGCUUCUGUCAUUCACGUGUGUGAUAAUGUUGCCUCUUGAGGCAUAUUUGGUAUGUGCUGUAGCAGUGUGUCCACUAAAGAAAAGAAAGGCAAGUGGGUGACGUGUUAAAGAGAGGUGUUUUCUUAAUCUUUAUAUGGUGUCGCAUUUAUAUUAUAUGUGAGUAACUAAAAUGUAAAUAAAUAACCAGCCACGGGUGGGCCACAUGCCAGUGUACUCCUAGUGCUGUUACCAACCAUGGAUAAGUAGGUCAGGAAGGGGAUCCGAUGUAAAAUCUUCAAAUCAAAUAUGUGGAUCAUCAAGAAUGAACGACUACCAAUGGUGCUGUUGACCAGCAGGGUGCUGGUGGAAACUGCUGUGCAAGGACAAAGAAAGAGGAAAGAGGGAGGCAGCAGGAGAGAAGGAAAGGUUUGUAAAUGAGAGUUGGGACUUUCUAUAUCGGGAUUAUGGAGCUGCCAGAAAGGAGGAAAAGAGAAGCUUCAUUGAUGUAGAGAAGGAGGACCUGCAGAGAGCUCGUGUGGCAGAGAAGGAUGUAAGGGAUAGAGUGAGCUGAAGGCAGAUGAUCCACUAUGGCAGCAUCUAAAAGGAGUAGCAGUAUGGAGACGUAAUAUGUAAAUAAAGUCAUUAAUGAUUGCUUUAUUCAUGUCUUUAAGUCAACAAAACACCUUCCAACCAUGCCAGAAUGUACUGAGUGCAUGCAUGUCAAAUUUUCUUAAUAAAAAGCUGAUUUAA